AUGGUGUCUUUCAAAGACAUACAAGCUUCCAAUGCGCUCAUCAACGAUGCGACGGCCCCACGCGUGGCCGUCUUCGUCGGCGGAACGUCAGGCAUCGGGAAACUCACCAUCAAGUCCCUCGUCGCCACGGGCGCGAGCACGAGGAUCUACCUCAUCGGGCGCAGAAGCGCUGAAGAGCGCGCGCGUCUGUUCAUCCAGGAACUGCAGACCGUCAACCCCAAGGCAAAGGUCAUUUGGACCGAGGGCGAGGUGUCGCUCCUCGCGGAAGCCAAGCGCAUCUGCAACAUGAUCAAGAGCCAAGAAUCACACGUCGACUUGCUCUUCCUCACCACCGGGUACGCGCCGUUCGGCCCCCGCAAGGAAACGGUAGAGGGCCUGGAGGUCGCCCAGAGCCUCGAGUACUACUGCCGGGUGCUGUUCGUUCAGCUUCUGCUGCCCCUCCUCGGACGAGCGGAAGCCCCGCGGGUCGUCAGCGUCCUGGGCGGCGGCCUGGAACGGGCGAGCGUCGUCGACGUGGAGGACCUGGGCCUGAAGAAGCCCGGGAACUUUGGCGCCGUCAAGGCCCAGAUGCAGUACACGGCGAUGAACACGAUGGCGAUGGAGACGCUGGCCGGCGCGAACCCCGACGUGACGUUUCUUCACUCCUGGCCCGGGUGGGUCAACACGGGCAACGUGCGGAGGGGCUCAGAGCCGAAUUCGAUUCUCGCUUGGCUCAUCUGGCUCGUCCUCGAACCUCUGAUUGCGCUGUUCAGUAUCAGCGACGACGAGUCUGGGCAGAGGCAUCUGUUUCAGUGUACGAGCGCGGCCUUUGGCGGCCGUGGGGUGGCGUGGAAGGGCGGAGCGGGCGUCAACACGCGGGAGAAGCCAGAGAAUGGGCUGUUCCUCGUCAACUACAAGUGCGACAGUAGUACGAAUGCAAAAGCGUUGCGACAGCUGCGGGAGAAGGCGCAGACGAGAAUCUGGGAACACACGCAGGAGGUUCUCCGGCCGUACGUCUAG